AUGGCAAACGCACUACGUACUAAUAAUAAUAUCAGUAACUUACCUACUGCCUACAGUCAUGCCAAGAUUAACCAUAGGAAGAGGUUUUUGAAUGAUAGGUGUGAUUCAGGUAAGAGGACGUACAACAAUAUUACUAAUUUCUCAGUACCUGCAAAUUACCAUAUAGUGCAGGCGUUGGGGAAGGGAUCCUACGGGAUUGUGUGCUCCGCGAGAGACUUGAAGGGAACCACCCCAUACCAGGUGGCUAUUAAAAAGAUAAUCAAUAUCUUCCACAAAGAGAUAUUGUUGAAGCGUGCUAUCAGGGAAUUGAAGUUCAUGCACUUUUUCAAAGGUCAUAGAAACAUCGUGUCUCUGAUAGACUUGGAGAUUGUGACGGAGAAACCGUACGACGGAUUGUACUGCUACCAGGAACUGAUAGAGUACGAUCUUGCAAAAGUGAUUCACUCCUCAAAUGUCGUGUUCUCCGAGUUCCACAUAAAAUACUUUGUGUACCAGAUCCUCUGCGGUAUCAAAUAUAUUCACUCAGCAGAUGUUAUCCACAGGGACUUGAAACCGGGGAAUAUCCUGUGCACUUUGAACGGAUGCUUGAAGAUUUGCGAUUUCGGGCUAGCAAGAGGGAUCCACGCGGAGUAUUUUGCCGCGGGGCACAGUUCGUUCCAAAACAUCACAAACUACGUAGCCACAAGAUGGUACAGAGCCCCCGAAUUAAUACUCUCAAACAAAAUGUACACCAAGGCAAUAGACAUGUGGUCCAUCGGGUGCAUUUUGGCCGAAUUCUACCUUAGAAAACCUAUAUUCAUGGGGAGGGAUUCUCUUCACCAGAUCCACGAAAUCAUGAAAAUAUUGGGUACACCACCAAAGGACGUACUGAUUGCAUAUGGUUCACUGAAAAGCAUAAACAUGCUCAACACUCCAGGUCCCGGAGCACCCGCCAAGCCCUGGGGGAGUAUUUUCCCACAGGCAUCCGCGGAAGCACAUGAUUUGUUGGGACAUUUGUUAACUUGGAAGGUAUCUCCAAGAUUCACUGUCGAGCAAUGCUUGGAACACCCGUUUGUGAUGGAUGUAAGACAACCCACGGAAGAACCAGCGUGCCCCCUCGGACCCUUUGAUUUCUCCUACGAAAACAAUUUAAGAAGCAUGAGAGAUCUGAGAGAGUAUCUAAUAGAUGAGGUUGUGAAGUUCAGACAGGAGACAGGUAGAAGUUAA